AUGGAGCGCCCGGAGCAUGAGCUGAUCCGGCAGAGCUGGCGGGCGGUGAGCCGCAGCCCGCUGGAGCACGGCACCGUGCUCUUCGCCAGGCUGUUUGACCUGGAGCCGGACCUGCUGCCCCUCUUCCAGUACAACUGCCGCCAGUUCUCCAGCCCGGAGGACUGCCUCUCCUCCCCCGAGUUCCUGGACCACAUCAGGAAGGUGAUGCUUGUGAUUGAUGCUGCAGUGACUAACGUGGAGGACCUGUCCUCGCUGGAGGAGUACCUUGCCGGCCUGGGCAGGAAGCACCGGGCAGUGGGUGUGAAGCUCAGCUCCUUCUCGGCGGUGGGUGAGUCCCUGCUGUACAUGCUGGAGAAGUGCCUCGGCCCCACCUUCACACCAGCCACACGGGCCGCCUGGAGCCAGCUCUACGGGGCCGUGGUACAGGCCAUGAGUCGGGGCUGGAAUGGCGAGUAA